AUGGUGCUCGCGCCACUCUCUCCAUCUCUACGCGCAACAAACAAUCCACCAGAGCGAAAAGUAUCCCCCACAUCGCCAGUGUCGCCCUCCGGAAAAUCAAAAUCAAAAUCCAAACCAGAAUUUACCAAGUCACCUCCUCUAGCCCGCCUCCCACCUCCAGCACUCUUCCAAGGCCCACCCUCCCGCAACGCCUCCAAUAUCUCCCUCCACCUCCCGGGCGCCAAUGCAGCCGCAAUCGGUCUUCCUGCCUCCGCCUCCAUAUCUAACAUCUCCCCUACAACAACGUCGCCAGACAACCUCUCACGAAUCUCCUCCCGCCGCCCUGUUGCCGACUCAAGGACCAACGACUUCUCCCCAGCCUCUGCGGGCCCCAGGGUGAGAGAAGCGCCCAGCAGCACACCCAUCCGUCCACACCAGCACACCAGUAAGAUAGACGCCGCCGCUGCCACGAAACGCGAAAAUGACCGCGCCGACGCCCUCUGGGCUGAGAUGCAGAAUACGCUGGCGGAAGUGGAGCUCAGCGCCGCGGCCGGAUCGCAUAUCUUUGGCGCGGGCCAUGCGAAGGCGUUGGAGGAGUUGAGAGCGGCGCAGUUGGAGCUGGCGAAGGCUUGGGCGAGGAGUGAGAAGGAUGAGGUGGAGAGUCAUGGCGCGGGGGAUGAGGAGGAGGAAGAGGAAGAGGAGAAGAAGAAGGAAGGGGGUGGGGUGGGCAGUGCUGGAUUUGGGCUGGGCGUGUUGGGUGGGAAGGAUGGUGUAAAGCAGCAGCAGCAGCAGCAGCAGCGACCUGGAAAAAAGACGCUGGAGAAGGAGACGGAGAAUGAUAUCUUGUUGGCCAAGACGAGGAGAGAGGCCAAUGAUCGCUAUUUCGAACAGGUGAAUAAUUCGGUGUUGGAUGCGGUCAAGAAGCUUGACGAGGUGGCUGCGGCGAUGAGGAAGGUGGAGAAGGAGAGCAGUGAUAUCUGGAGUGAGGAUGGGGAUGGGACUGAGAGUGUUACUGGGAGUACGACGGGCGGGUGA